GAUGUCACCAUGAUGUCACCAGUCUCCAGGUUCAAAGGUCAGCCCAUUGGCAUGGUAACAGUCGCCUCCGCCGCCACGCCAUGGCUGUCCGUCAGUAGUGACCUCGCCGCUCAGUGGUUGUGGUUGACUAGCUGGUCAGCUGCAACAUAUCAGGCCACGCCCCCUCUGGUCUACUGUCCGCCCACUGUGUGGAUACCUGAACACACACACCUGGUACAGUGGGAGUGUCCGACUGUUGACGUUGUUCCUGUUCUUCCUCCACUCUAUCACUCUUCACCUCGCCAUCACCUUCAUCAUCGUCUGCACAAGCAGGCAGCAGAAGGCUGGAUCUCUCCGGAGGAAGUGGGUGUGUUCCACAGGAGAGACAAACGUCUGCUGCUCACCAAUCAGAUCAUCCACAGACCUCGUGACCACGCCCCCAGGUCCCUCCUUCUCUCUCCGUCUCACUUCACAGGGCGUGUCCGGAGUGACGUCACAAAGAGCAGACGCACAGAACCUGAAGACUCCGCCCUCCUCCACCUCCUCUCUGUGUCUCCUCUCCACCCACCGCUCCUGACUCCGCCUCCCUCAGGUGUGACCUAUGUGGAAUGGGCGGGGCCACACGUGCAGAGACAGAAGGGUGUGUGGCCUGCUCUUCUGCCACACCAGCGGCACAGAGGGGCGUGGCUACGACCCGCCAUCAACCGGGAGAGACGUGAGACGACACCUGUACAGCAGCAUGUCUUUGGACCUGUCUGUCCUGCUCAGCUCUGCUUUGACAUGUGUCCUGUCUCACCUGUCCAGUUGAUCAAAGAUCUUCAUCCUGGUUUGUCCUCACGUCUUUCAACCAAAUUCACUCUGCUGACCAACUACAGACGCAAGAAGCGAAGGACAACUGUGGGCGGAGUUACAUAUGGACAAGCGUUACUGUUCAGAGAGAAGACUAGGACAGACGACAGCGCCCAGAGGGACAGAACAGGUGAAGAAAAGGAGGACGAGGAGGACGGAGGUGAAAAAGGAGGGAAAGACAAACGUCCUGUCGCCUCCACUCCUGUCCCAGGGUCACCAUGGUGUGUGGUGUGGACCGCAGACGACCGUGUCUUCUUCUUCAAUCCCACCAUGCACCUGUCCGUCUGGGAGACACCAGGUGACCUAACAGGAAGAGACAUCAGCCGCAUCAUCGAGGACCCGCCCCACAAGAGGAAGAAGACACCUGACAGGAGCUCCAGCUGUCAAUCACCUGGUCUCCAUGGUGACAAAGAAGCUGAAGAUGAAUGUGACUCAAAGAGGAGCAGAUUAGAGGAGCCGAUGUCUCUUGUCCCUCGUCCAGGAAAGAUUCAGCUCCUCCCACUGGAGCUAAGGACCUCCCACUUCAGAGAAAUGAUGCUGGAGAGAGGGGUGUCAGCGUUUUCCAGCUGGGACAAAGAACUUCACAAGAUGGUGUUUGACCCUCGUUACCUGCUGCUGACCUCACACCAGAGGAAACAGGUGUUUGAUGAGUUUGUGAAGAGCAGGAUGAAGGACGAGCACAGAGAGAAGAAGAGUAAACAGCAGAAAGCUCGAGAAGAGUUCAGACGACUGCUGGAGGAGGCAAAGAUCACCAGCAGAUCUACUUUUAAGGAGUUCUGUGCUCGUUACCGUGGCGACCAGAGGUUCAACGUGGUCAACAGGAAGAAGGAACAGGAAGUGCUCUUCAGUCAUUACAUCACGUCCUUAAAGAAACGAGACAAAGAGAACCGAGCCAGACUGAGGAAGAUGAGAUGAGACCUGCUCUGGGAUCUGGACUGAACUAAACCACAUCCUCACCACAGAUCCUGGACUCAAGAAACCAAAACCAGAUCUGAGUGGUUUUAAUAAUCUCCCAGUGCAGGACCUGGUUCUGGAUUAAAGUCUACAAGAGAUUUUAGAAGAACUGGUUUCAAAAUAAACUGUCUGUCUCUCUGUUGUUGUUGUUGUUGUUGUUAUUGUUGUUUAUGAUCUUCAUGUUUACUUGUGGUGCGUUCACUGUCACUGGGAUUUUGUGACCUCAAUGAGUUUUAUCCUGGUGGUUGCUAUGGUUUCCUGAGGUUAAACCCCGCCCCCUGCUGUGGUUGGAUGUGUCUCAGUGUCCUGUCCUCUGAUUGGACGUAUCCGUGUGAUGAAAUGAUGUUUGUUGUUGAAUUAAAGUGUUCAUCAAACA